CCCGGGGGCGCCCGGCGGAGCCCCUUCCACCCCUACCAGCGGCCGGGGCCGGCGGAGCCCUUCCCCGAGGCGCGGCUGGCCCUGGCGGGGGAGGCCGGCCAGCCCUUCCCGGCCGGCGCGGCCCAGGACGCCUUCGACGGCUUUCCCGCCCAGCUGCCCCACCUGGGCCCCGAUCCGGCCUGGAGCAGCGGGACGCCGCACAGCAGCCUCGGGCAGGAGCCCCACCUGCCGCCGGCCCAGGAGGCCCAUGCCAGGCUGAAAACAGCCCCCCUGGAGGAGCAGCCCGGCCCCUACUGCUGCCAGCCCCACGGACCCCCAGGGUACUGCACCUCCCACCCCUUCCACCAGUAUCUCGCCAGCAACGCCCUUCCGCUCCCCUUCCUCUCGGCUCCCCACCACCCCUACCAGAGGAUGGGGCUGCCAGGACCUCCACAGCCACCACCACCACCCCUCUUUCCAAAGCCCAUCUACUCUUACAG